AAUGUGGAAAAACCAUAUUGAGAUCUCUUACUGCACUAGUGCGCAUGGCCAAUGCUUUAGUGUGAUUGAUGUUGGUUUGGCUUAUGUGCCUGAGCUCCCGGGACACAAUCAGCUGCACUUCAUAUAAUACAGAAAGUGCAGUGGCAAGGAGAAGUUUUAGAGCAGGCUGCGGGAGAGAGAGAUAGUCGAGCCUACAGCACUGCUACGACUGUUAUCAAAAAAUGUCAGCGAAUAAAACCAAGAAAGUGAAAAUGGCCACCAAAUCAUGUCCUGAUUGCGACCAACAGAUCCCUGUAGCUUGCAAGUCCUGUCCCUGCGGUUAUGUGUUCAUUAGCCGAAAGCUCUUAAAUGCCAAACUAAAUGAAAGAUCACCACCAGCAUUAGAUAAACUGGAUGCAAAGAGAAGACGGACGGAACGAAUCCGCCGAGAAAAGAUCAACUCUACCUCCACUAAUGAUAUGGAAAACAGAAGGCGGUCUCGCUCCAACAGCCAAUCAGAGCAGAUUCGCAGAGGAAGGGGUAGACCUAAGACCACAGGUCUGAAGAAACAGGAGGAGGAGAAAGAAAAACAAGAGAAGGAGGUCGAUAUCUACGCCAAUCUGUCAGACGAGAAGGCCUUUGUGUUCUCGGUGGCCUUGGCUGAAAUCAACCGUAAGAUCCUUGGCCAGAGACUGAUCCUGUAGCUGUUACACUGGUGCUGACUGACAGGUGAAACUCAGGAGUCCUGCUGCCGAGGCCCAGGCAUGGCCUCUGUGUAUGACAGAAGAGGGGU